AUGUUUCAAAGUAGAGAUUGUCAAAAGACUGAUGUUUUUAAAUUGGAAUUUUUGUAUUAAAGAUUUUAGGAAGUAUUUAAUAUUGAGUUUUUGAAGGUUAAUGGAGAAUAGGGAGGUAAUGGAAUAUAUAUAUAUGUGUAUUUUAAACUGUUUAUGAGAAUUCAGGAUAGGAAAUUAUUGUUUUUUGAAGAACAUAUAGAGCAUUGAAUAAUUUGAAGGAGGAUGAAAAAUGCAAAUAGAAUAGAGUAUUAUUGAGUAUAAUUCAUUUUAAAGUUUUAAGAAUUGAAAAGCGAAAGAUUACACUCAUAUUAACAUCUAUAAUAGAAAUAUUACAUAGAUCGAUGAUGAUAAUAUAGAGAUUUAAGCAACAAGAAAAAAAAGAAAUUAUGAAGAUCUGCUUUUUGAUGAGGUAGUUCAAUUUAAAUAGUUUAAAAAAGUAAAAUUAGCAAUAACUAAAUAUGACAAGAAAAAAAAAUCACUAAUUGAAACAGUUAGUGGAUGUUUUUCAUGAAAAAAAUUCAUAAUGA